AUGACGCCCCAAGAAGAAGAAAGCAAGCGUACUUUGGAUCCGAAUAGGACAAUAUUGAUCAGACAAUCAAUUCUCAUCACUCUUUCUUUCAUACGUGGUGAACAACUAUUGGCUGAAGCUGGUCAGUUUGUGGAUCAUAUAAUAAUGAUGACUCAACUGAAUUUCGUUCAAUUCACAGUUCACAUGCACAAGGAUAAUAACUCGGGUGGGUCCCUUAUCCACGUGUUCACAUCCACGUCAGAAAAGUUCACGCCCCAAACCCACACGUCAGUUCAAAAAGGCAACAGAAGGAAAUUAUUAAGAGAUAAUAAAGAAAAAAAAAGGAAGAUAAUAAAACAACAGAGACAAGAAGAAGAAGGAGGCUCUGCUCUGAUCUUUCCAGUUCUCCUCUGCGGACUUUCUCUCCUUUUCUCUUCUUGCAGUCGCAGAUUUUCAGUUCGUGGAAUCAGUACACGUGAGAAUCCUAACCUGAAGCUCAACGUGGAAAUUUGUGAAUUUUGUAGGGCGUUGAGGCCAGCUGUCUAUUGUAAGGCUGAUGGAGCGUAUCUUUGCCUUUCCUGUGAUUCAAAGGUCCAUUCAGCUAAUGCCCUCUCCAACCGGCAUGCCCGUAGCCUCCUUUGUGACUCAUGUAGAUACCUCCCAGCUAAUCUCCAUUGUUUGGAUCACCGGAUGUUCAUCUGUUGUGGAUGUGACCAGAGCCUGCAUGACGUCUCUUGCCAACAUCGGAAGGAGGCGGUUGGUAGUUUCACUGGAUGCCCUUUAGCUACAGAUUUUGCGGCAUUGUGGGGUUUUGAUCUGUGCAAUAUGGAAAAUAGCACUGUUCAAAACCAAUCAACUUCAAGCAGUUGUGUGAAUUCCAGAACGUUGACUUUAGCGAUUUCAGGGCAACCUUGUCAAAAAAUCAGACGCAUUUCACGCGCAUCUGAAUUGGCUAUUGAGACUUCAGUCUCGGGUGUGGAGUCGGAAGGAGGAUCAAGCAACCGAGAAAGUAAGACCCUAUAUAACUGUCAACAGCAGCAAAAUGCUUGUUUUAUUCUGCAGCAGAUUCUGGACUUGGAAAGGCUGCAACUAAAUGAGGGAAAUAACCAUCCACCAUUGAUUUGUAGACGGGAACGGAUGGACAUAGCUUCUUCCACAUCAAGUACUGUAAAGGAACUUGAAGAAUAUCCUUAUCAACGUUUGCAACUUACCAAGAAUCUUUAUAUUGUCGAUCAACAGAAGGAAAGUCUGCUUCGGGGGUUGAAAACAGACCCAUUUCCUUUGCCAUUUAAUCAGUUGGACCAUUUACAGUCAUGUUCAACUGCUGCGGAUUCUUUGCAUGGAGAAUCUUUCUGGCAGUGCAAAAGUCCAGUUCAAAGUAGUCAGCUGUGGCCUCAAAGUAUGGAAGACCUUGAAUUUUGUGAAGAAGUCUUUCGUGAUGAUUUUAAUAUGCCUGAUGUUGAUUUGACAUUCCAAAACUAUGAAGAACUAUUUGGUGGUGAUAUGGAUCCUUUUAGAACAAAGGUUGAUGAAAAAGAUGUUUCAUUCUCCCUUGCAGAGGAGGAUAAGUCCCUCAUUAAAUCAAGUAACGCGGAUACAAGACAACCGGAGUCUACUUUCAUUUACAAGGAAAUUUCUACUUCAGAUCAAGUCUCUAAUGCUUUGGGAAGUCGUCGCCCAAUUCAACCAUCUUAUUCAACUAUGUCAGUAUCCCUUUCAAGGCUCAGUGCUGAAAGCAGCCGAACUGAUUUUUCUCAUGGCGGAUUCUCACCCAACACAAAUGUGGGGAAAGCUUCAUGCAAUUCUUCUGAAUUGGAGGGUAGACAUCUGGAGACCAAUGAAGAUACCGUGAUUAAGAACAAAGACAAGAAGGUCCGGCUGCACGAGAAAAAAGUACGAUAUGCAUCUCGGAAAGCCACAGCUGAUGCAAGGAAUCAGGUAACAAGGCAUUCUGUAAAUCCACAAGACUAUGACUCCGAGACUAUUGAUGUGACAACAAGUUAUUAAAUGUUGUGUUUAGCUCUGUAGCUAAACAAACACCAUGUUACUGAUAUCUGUGUGUAUAUCAUUUAAGCAAUUCCUCGGCA